GUGAAGGAGGUGUCAGCAUUCAGCAUCUGAAACAAACCUUCCUGUUCACCCCAUGUGUGAGACAGCAGUUUCUUGAGAAGAUGCUGAAGCCCGGCGUAGUGUGUGUUGCAGUGUUUGUAAUCCUGUGUGUCGGGGGAUGGUGUCAGAAUUCGGAGCCCCUAGCUGUCCAUGGAGAGCAGUCCUUAUUCCGGGGGUCUGACCGGUAUGACUUCUCCUAUGUGCUCCCCGCAGCUGCACUGGAGUGUUUCUGGCAUUUUGCACACCAGAGUGGGAAUUUUUACUUCAGUUACGAGGUUCAGUGGGUGACUGGGAUUGGGAAGGACAGGCACAUCGCUGCCACUGUGAACUCUCCAGAGGGGCUCCUCCUGGGCACCUCACAGGAUAUACGGGGCCAAAUCAACUUUAGGACCAAAGAGACAGGGUUUUUUCAGAUCUGUUUGAGCAACUUUCACAACCGUUUCGGGUCCAUGCAAGUGUUCCUAAACUUUGGGGUCUAUUACGAUGGAUUUACAGAAACGCAGCAUCAAAAAGAACAAGAAAAAAAACAACUGAAUGACACACUGGCUACAAUUGAGACGAGUGCUGCCAGGGUGCAGAGCUCUAUAUUUCACAUGUGGAGAUACUACAACUUUGCCAGGAUGCACCAGGGGGCUGAUUAUUAUCUGCUGCUGUCUAACUACAACUACGUAGCCUGGUGGUCUGCCGCUCAGAGCCUGGUGAUCGUAUUGUCUGGCUUUCUACAGCUUUACUUCCUCAAGCGUCUCUUCUACACAAAAACUACAACAGAGACAGAGAAGCCAAGGUGCUAAUGCUGUCAAAUUCCCUCUUAAAACUGAUCAGGAUUGAGGUGUUAUUUAGGUGGAAUGCCUUAAAAGGGUUUAGACGUACAAAGGUGCAUUAAAACAAAUAGAGCAAGUAGCUUCAGGUUUAUUUUCCCUUACAUUUUCAAUGUACUUGUAAUUCUUCAAAGUUAUGUGCGUCUAUCUCCGUGCCUACUGGUAGUGAUAGAGAUGCAUCAAUUUAAUCUGUGUUAUCGUAAUAAUAUUUGUAUUCAAUCUAAUUUAGAGAUUGCAGAUUGUCUAUUUUUUUUUAAAGCGACAUCUUUGAGGGGUUAUGGGACACUACUGCUAGCUAUGGAGAUAGCAUCUGCAGCACUUCGAACUGAAAGACAAAUUAUAACUUGUGGCUACUUUGAUAAGGCGCAGGGCUUUACAGUACAAUUCAGAGCACUUUCCCAGGUCAUACAAAAAUACCUACAAACUG